AUGGCGCGCAUAGAUCGCCUUCGCUCCUUCGCGGAGGAUUUCAUUCAGCGCAACGGCACCAAUGACCCGCUUGCCUCAGAUUUUCGGGACCGCACCCGGGCCACGUUUGGCAAUUCUCCCCCUCCGCCGCGGCAGCCUGCCCCUUGCCCUGAAGGCAAACUUAACUUUCACUCCAACACCCGUUACGUCAUUCGCCAUGGCGACACCGCGAACACCACGAUCCCGGUACCUGAGGUCGUCAGCAGCGACUGGGAUCGGAUUACAAUCUACAUUGCGCAGCUGCAAGCCCUCGCCAGCCCAUGCGACGUCCGGAUCGGCCGUCUUGACGGCCAAGGCGCAGUACUCCUCAGCAUUAUCCCGUGCUCUGGCGGGCCUUUUGGCAGUCUCGCCGAGCUCCACCACUGGCUUCUUGGUGCGGACUGUCUUGUCGUCUUCACGCAUGGCGACCUUCCGUCUCAAAACAUCAUGAUGCGAGACGGCCACAUCUACUGGGAUUACGCCCUUGCAUUGCGCGGGCUUGACAGUGUCGAUUGGAAAGUUUGGGGCAGUCACCUUCCCUCCCUCUUUUCUAAGCGCAAUGAUCUCGAGUACAUCCUCAUGGCCAUUGUUUUCCGCCUCUCUUGA